UUGUCCUCCCAACUGUGCAGGUGGAUGCAACAACCGAUUUUCCUCUUCUCAAAGUGAACGAGCAUUGAAAAUAAAUAUUCUAUCACUUCCAUCCUACAUACCUAUCGCGAUGGCGCCUCUAUCACGAAAUGCUGUGGUACUAGUAACAGCCGGCUCAGCUGGACUAGGAGCAGCAACAGCCAAAGCUUUUGCAGCGAGUGGGGUCCGAGUGAUCGUAAAUUACUACUCUAGUCCUCAGAAAGCCGCCGGUUUGAUUAAAGAAAUGGAGAGUCUCCAGCCGAAAGCUGAGAAUGAUGAGUUCCCAAGAUUCAUUGCUAUUCAAGCUGAUGUUUCGAAACGAGAUGAGAUUCUCAAGCUUGUGAAUGAGUCAGUGGAGAAGAUGGGAAAGAUAGAUGCCGUCGUAUCUAAUCAUGGUGUAUGUUAUGAUACGAAAUUCUUAUCUGGGCGUGAUGAAAUGUUACUGACCAAGAGCAGUGGACUAGGCUAACAAACUUUCAAAACUUGGAUGAUAAUGUUCGGGAAGAUGACUGGGAUACCUGCUUUAACUAUAAUGUCAAAUCCCAUCUUUUUCUCUUCCAUACUGCCAAACCAUAUCUGGAGAAGUCCGAAGGCUCUUUCACCAGCGUGGCAUCUGUUGCCGGGACUAAGCCAAGCGGGAGUUCGAUUGUGAGCCGUCCAUUUUCCUUGUGUUUAUUCGUUGAGGAAUGAGAUGCUAAUAAGAUCUAGGCAUAUUCUGUGACCAAAGCAGCUCAAAUUCAUUUGAUGAAAACAUUAGCUACUAUCUCAGGACCCCACAUUCGUGUCAACUCCAUCUCGCCUGGACUUUUGCUCACCGUAAGCGACUUACCAUUUUUCCAUCCUAGGCUGAUUGUUUACAGGAAUGGGGUCAAAAAUUCCCAAAAGAAAAGAUUGAUAAGGCGAUCAACAAGUCUGUUCUAAAGAAGGUAGCGACUGUUGAGGUAAGAAUUCUGUUUUUCUCUGGCUGUUACUGUACGAAAUGUUCGCUUAUAUUAUGAUAGGAUUGUGCAAGUCAGAUUGUCUGUUUUGCAAACUCAUCUACGCAGACCGGAACUAACGCUAUUAUUGAUGCUGGAGUUACCCUGGGAUGAAAAGCUGGAAUUUGGAUGACGCUUUCUGAUUCACGUUAUAUCUGAUGUGCCGAGAAUCUCUGCAGAGCUCUUUCAAAGUACUUGGCAAUUGAAAUAUUCUGAUACUUGUAGUCGAUCGAACAUAUUUGAUACCUACUCACGGUGACGGAAU